AUGUUUCGUGUAGCUGCGUGGGCAGCUGGUCGCCACAAGCUCUUCUGCAGCCACACGCGCCCGUUGAAGAAGGCAUUGGCACCGUAUUCAUGCCGCUCAUAUUCCGGUCGUUACCCGGCUGCUGUGCUUUCUAGCACAGCAGCAGAAGCUCCAGCAUUAAGAGGCCAGGAAGCAUCAGCUUUACACUGCUACAGCCCCAGAGCCAGCAGCAGCAGCGGCAGCAGCAACAGCAGCAGUGGCAACACGGGCACGAGCAACAGGGGCAGUGAUAGCCGUGUAAGGUACGACGUAAAUAGAAGCGUAACUAUUAGGGUGAACAGUAGCAGAAGCAGCAGCAGCAGCAGCAGCUUUCGCAUGGAGGAGGAAUCUUUUGGUCCUUUUGCUCCUCGUUUUUUCUCCUGCACGGUCAGCAAAAACUGCAAUCACUUCGCCACCAGCAGAUCAUACGUUGCCCAAAGCAGCAACGGCAGCAGCAGCUACUGCAGCGACAGUGGGAAAAGCACCGGCAACGACAGCAGCAGUAGCAGCCGCUCCAGCAACAGCAACAAGGGCAGCAGCUGGAGAAGCAGGCAAAGCAGCGAUCGCGACACCAGCGACGACAACAACUGCAGUGAAGAGCAAAGCAGCAGCUCCGACAGCAGCACGAGCAGCAGUAUUAGCAGCAAUAUGAGUCGAGUGAUGAGCGAAGAAAUAUUUUUGGGGGCAAAGAUUAGGCAGCAAAAUCUGUGCAAGCGAGUCCCAUUUAGGGUUCACCGUACAGGUGAGCAACAGCAACAGCAGCAUCACGAGGAGCACCAGAGGCAGCCGCUGCUGCAGAAGCAGCAGCUGCUGCUGUCGCUGCAAGAGGAGUAUUUUCACAAAUUGUAG